CUGUUGACGACAUGUCUUUCUUGAAUGCACCCCGUAAAGGUCUGUCCCCUUACGUAUUCCAGUCGAUAGGAAACAACAAAAACUCGCGAGAGUUCCGCAUAUACUUUAUAACACUCGUUAGUGUGCCGUGCAAUGUCUCCACAACGUGUUUAACUGUAGUGCAAAAGUGUCAGACGCGCAUAGACAGCUGGUCUAAUGUGACUAAUAAGUGGAGAAAACCCGAGUUGAACAAGUCGAGCUGACCGUUAGCUGGUCGGUGCUGCCCGUCAGCUCCUCCCCCGGGCCGCUCAGCUGUUGUUGUCAGAUAAACGUUACACAUCCAUGAACGACCAGAGGCUGGAAAAGUGUUAAAAAGUCUUAUCUUCCAACAAGUGAGCAGAUCAUCUUAGUACAACACGCUGCCAUGGCCUCAGCACCAGGGGCCACUCAUUUGGCCAGCAAAGUGGAGCUGACCAUCUCCUGUGAAAACCUCAUGGACAUGGACGUCUUCUCCAAGUCGGACCCUCUGUGUGCCCUGUACAUCAACACGUCGGGCACCAACUGGUACGAGUUUGGGCGCACGGAGAUGAUCCUGAACUGCCUCAAUCCAAAGUUUUCCAAGAAGUUUGUCAUCGACUACUAUUUCGAGAUGGUGCAGAGGCUGAAGUUUUGCGUGUACGAUAUCGACAAUGACACCUAUGACCUGGGUGAUGAUGAUUUUCUUGGGGAACUUGAAUGUACCCUGGGCCAGAUCGUUUCCAACAGGCAGAUGACUCGACCUUUGUUACUGAAGAACAAGAGACCUGCAGGUCAUGGGACCAUCACAAUCUACGCUGAAGAAAUAACAGACACCAGAGUGGCAAACUUUGAGGUGUCAGCCCGCAGACUGGACAAAAAGUAUUUCUGGUGGUCCGACCCUUUCCUGGAAUUCUACAAGCAAACAGAAACCGGAUGGCAACUCGCUCACAGGACAGAGGUGGUAAAAAACAACCUAAACCCAAUAUGGAGACCCUUCCGCAUCUCAUUGCGAUCUCUCUGUGGAGGAGAUGUGGAGAAACCUAUAAAGGUCGACUGUUAUGACUAUCAUGUCAACGGCUCCCAUGAUCUCAUCGGGAGCUUUAAAGCCACACUUGCGGAGAUGCAAUUGGGAACACACGUUUCCCCGGUUGAAUUUGAGUGCAUUAAUCCAAAAAAGUCAAAGAAGAAAAACUAUAAAAACUCUGGGGUCAUCUGCAUCAAGCACUGCCAGCUGGUGAAGGAGUAUACCUUCCUGGAUUAUAUCAUGGGGGGCUGUCAAAUCAACUUCACUAUUGCCAUUGACUUCACAGGCUCUAACGGGGAUCCGAGGACUCCCCAGUCCCUCCACUAUAUCAACCCUGAAGGCUAUAAUGAGUACCUGAGCGCCAUCUGGGCCGUGGGUAAUGUCAUCCAGGACUAUGACAGUAAUAAGAUGUUUCCUGUCUUUGGGUUUGGAGCCCAGGUCCCUCCCAAAUGGCAGGUUUCCCACGAGUUUCCAAUCAAUUUCAAUCCAACAAGUCCAUUCUGUGCAGGCAUAGAGGGUGUGGUGCAGGCCUACCAGCAGUGUCUACCUCAGCUGAAGCUCUGGGGUCCUACCAACUUCUCUCCAGUCAUCAACCAUGCAGCCUGUUUCGCCAGACAAGCUCUCCGACAGAAUGUGGCCUCACAGUACUAUGUGCUGCUCAUCAUUACAGACGGAGUGAUCACAGACAUGGACCAGACACGCACUGCUAUUGUAGAGGCCUCUCGUCUCCCCAUGUCGAUCAUCAUAGUGGGUGUUGGCGGGGCGGACUUCACUGCGAUGGAAUUCCUCGACAGUGAUGACAAAUUGUUGAGUUCGCCCCGCGGUGAUGUUGCCUCACGAGACAUCGUCCAGUUUGUGCCCUUCAGAGAGUUCCAAGGAAACAGUGUGGCCCUCGCACAGAGCGUCCUGGCGGAGCUUCCCGAUCAGGUGUCUUCCUUCUUCAACUCUUACAAGCUGAAACCCCCUAUUGUUUCUAGUCCGUCUUAGAAAGGUGGGUUAAGUGAACCCAGAUACCUCACGUUUACUGCUCAUCUGCUUCUCCUGAACCCUCUUUAUGCAGUUACUCUACGGAACGACACAAAUCAAUGCCAGGAAAUGGAUGUGGAUUAAACAAAAAUGAACCUCAACUCUGUGACCGGUGUUUUCAGUAAGGGUUUAAAUUUGCCUUGAUUUUAAAGUUCAUGAAAGAAGAGUCAUUGUGACCAAAAGACACGAUAGCCUGUAUGGUGCAUGAUAAUACCAAACAAUCAUAAUAAAUACAAUCAGAAUGACACUUGUUAUGUUGCUACGGCUUUGUUGAAUGUCAUAAUUCCUUGUAUAUUUCUUUGUUGUAUAAAUGUUUUUUUCUGUGUUUUCCCUGUACUACCUUUUCUCUGCUGGUUCUUUACACAAUCUCUCUGCUAGAGACGAGUUUUGUAUCAUAAUGUGAGAGUCAUCUGAGAAAGCAGUGGGCUCAUGCAGUGUGUGUGUGGUGUAUUUUUGGUCUGUUCAAUCAUUGAGCUGGGAAAGGCUCGUGGUAAGGCGACUGAUUGUGUCAGCACCACCACCAUCACACUGAUGUGUCACUGUUCUUUCAGCCCUGGUUGCCUCUGUACAUGAGUGUAAAGUUUAAUUCAUGCAUAAGAUGAUGUGAUUUUGAGUGUGAUGUUAAUUUACUACUAAGUUUGAGCUUCACCCGGAUACUGCGUUUUUUUUGAAGGAAUGUGUGCAAGUUAUUAUAUAUAUACAGUUAUUGUGACAUGCAAGAUCUUGACUACUAUGCUGCCAAAGCCUGAACUAAGACAGAGACGUUUCUUCUUCUGUGACUACUUCUCUGAUGAAGGGAACACUAUGCCAACUGGUAGACAUAAGUCACACCACUGUCCAAUAAGCUAUAUUCAUGUUUGUGUGCAAUGUUCUAUGUAUGUUAACAAAAUAUAUUAGACUCUGUAUUAACAAUAUAACACUUGUACAAUCAUGGAAUACGUAUCUGUAGUCUUGGCCUCAAAUUGGAUGCAGAAACAAAGUAACACGCUCCCAGUUUCACCUUUAGAACAGGCCAAUGCAAGACCUCAUUGAAACUGGCUGAAUUUAUGAUCAAUCACAAGAUUCUUUAUAUAAAAUAUGUUCUACCCACUAUUCAUUUACAUUAAUAAACACAUUUACGACAUGA